CCGGGUUUGGGUGUGGGCGGGCGCUCUGUGGUUGCUCCUCCCCGCCGGCGCUCUGGCCCGGCGCGGGUGGGCGCUAUGCGCAGGCUCGGCCCUUGCCUCAAGAUGGCGGCGGUGGCGGAUAAACAGAAGCACGAGCACGGCCGGGUGAAGAUUGGACACUACAUUCUGGGAGAUACGCUGGGCGUCGGCACUUUCGGGAAAGUCAAGGUUGGAAAACAUGAGCUAACUGGGCAUAAAGUUGCUGUGAAGAUCCUGAAUCGACAGAAGAUUCGCAGCCUUGAUGUUGUAGGCAAAAUCCGCAGGGAGAUUCAGAACCUCAAACUCUUCAGGCAUCCUCAUAUAAUUAAGCUGUACCAGGUCAUCAGUACACCCACUGACAUUUUCAUGGUGAUGGAAUAUGUUUCAGGAGGAGAACUGUUCGAUUAUAUCUGUAAAAAUGGAAGGCUUGAUGAGAAGGAAAGUAGGCGUCUGUUUCAGCAAAUCCUUUCUGGUGUGGAUUACUGUCACAGGCACAUGGUAGUACAUAGAGAUCUGAAGCCUGAAAAUGUGCUUCUUGAUGCACACAUGAAUGCCAAAAUAGCUGACUUUGGUCUAUCAAAUAUGAUGUCAGAUGGAGAAUUUUUAAGAACAAGCUGUGGUUCCCCUAACUAUGCUGCACCAGAAGUAAUUUCUGGAAGGUUAUAUGCAGGUCCAGAAGUAGAUAUUUGGAGCAGUGGGGUUAUUCUCUAUGCUUUGUUAUGCGGAACACUUCCAUUUGAUGAUGAUCAUGUGCCAACCCUUUUUAAGAAGAUAUGUGAUGGUAUCUUUUAUACCCCUCAGUACCUGAAUCCAUCUGUAAUUAGUCUUUUGAAGCACAUGCUACAAGUGGAUCCAAUGAAAAGAGCAACAAUCAGAGACAUUAGGGAACAUGAGUGGUUUAAGCAGGAUCUUCCAAAAUACUUGUUUCCUGAAGAUCCAUCAUAUAGCUCUACCAUGAUUGAUGAUGAAGCCUUAAAAGAAGUGUGUGAGAAGUUUGAAUGCACGGAAGAGGAAGUGCUAAGUUGUCUGUACAGCCGAAAUCAUCAGGACCCUCUAGCUGUUGCUUAUCACCUCAUUAUAGAUAACAGAAGAAUAAUGAACGAGGCCAAAGACUUCUACUUGGCCACAAGUCCACCGGAUUCUUUUCUGGAUGAUCAUCACCUGUCUCGCCCUCACCCUGAACGAGUGCCAUUUUUAGUAGCUGAAGCACCACGUCCUCGCCACACCCUUGAUGAGCUGAAUCCACAGAAGUCAAAACACCAAGGUGUAAGACGGGCUAAAUGGCACUUGGGAAUACGGAGUCAGAGUCGACCAAAUGAUAUCAUGGCUGAAGUUUGUAGAGCAAUUAAACAACUGGAUUAUGAAUGGAAGGUUGUAAAUCCAUAUUAUCUGCGUGUUCGGAGGAAGAAUCCAGUAACAAGUGCAUAUUCCAAAAUGAGUCUCCAGUUGUAUCAGGUGGACAGCAGAACAUACUUACUGGACUUCCGUAGUAUUGAUGAUGAAAUUGCUGAAGCGAAGUCUGGGACUGCUACUCCACAGAGAUCAGGUUCUGUGAGCAACUAUAAAUCUUGCCAAAAAGAUUCAGAUGCUGAUGCUCAAGGAAAAUCUGCAGAUACAUCCCUUACCUCAUCAGUGAACUCUUCGCUUGACUCUUCCACAGCUGACGUAACUCCAAGACCAGGGAGUCAUACGAUUGAGUUUUUUGAGAUGUGUGCAAAUCUUAUUAAAAUACUUGCACAGUAAUUUUGAAGAUGGGCUUAUUUCUUUUAGAGCAAUAAGCAUGCCUAAGUCAUAGUCAGAUGCUUCCAAUUAUAAUCAAGUGAAAUUAACUAAGGCGCUGAAAAAGCUAGCCACAUAAUGCAAUUUGCAUGGGGAUUAAAAUUAUUAUGGGCAGUUAACGCGUAUUGUUUUGAAGCUGGAGUGAAUUCUGAUUGCCUGCUGUCCAAUAGUAUAACACAGGUACAGGAAAUAACAUGCCCUUUGGGUAGUGUUUGUAACAUUUUACCUUGAGUGCAAAAUAGGCUGCCUAUAACAUUUAAGCUAGAUGGAUCUCCUUGUUUUUUUAUCUAGUUACACAUGUAUCUGAUGCACUGUAAGUUAACAUACACGUACUAGUUCUGUAAUCUCAGUAUGACUUGGUCACCUUCUGCAGUUGUGACUCACACCUAUCAGCAUUUCCUAACAGAUGUUAAUGUGUUAAAACUGCUAUGUUUCUUCCCCCUUAUUUGAUUAAACAACAAUAAAGAAUGCUGUGAUGUGUUACAAUGUACUACUUUUAACAAAAAGUGUUAUUAAAGGCAUGCAAAGCUG